UUUAAUAUAAAUAGAGUCCAAAGGCUCAAGCAAUGAUUGUAGAGUCAUUAGUGUUGAGUUGCAGUUUCAGCAUUUCCAAAGCUGAUGCGAUUCCAUUUCCAUCUUCACUUCAUCGUCAUCGUCUUCUUCGAAACAAGCCAUUUUCAUCUGCGAUAAUCACUCUCAGAAAAAAGGGGAUUUGUGAGAAGUUUAUAUCCGGAAUGGCUAAUUAUGAAGGACAGACAGUCACUAGUGGUAACAAUGUCAGAUCAGGGAAUAUGAUUUUUGAGCCAAUUUUGGAAGAUGGAGUGUUCCGUUUUGAUUGUUCUGUAGAUGAUAGAGAUACAGCAUAUCCCAGUAUUUCUUUUGUGAAUAGCAGGGAUAGAGAGACGCCCAUUACUACUCAGAAGGUUCCUUCAUAUACUCCUACUUUUGAGUGCUCUCAAGAGCAGCAGGUUGUCAAACUUGAGCUGCCUAUAGGUUCCUCCCUCUAUGGAACUGGAGAAGUUAGUGGGCAGCUUGAGAGAACAGGCAAAAGUGUUUUCACAUGGAACACGGAUGCAUAUGGUUAUAGUCCUGAAACUACAUCCUUGUACCAAUCACAUCCGUGGGUGUUGGCUGUUCUUCCAAAUGGGGAGUCACUAGGAAUUCUUGCUGAUACUACGAAGCGUUGUGAGAUUGAUUUGAGGAGAGAAUCAACAAUACGUUUCGUCGCUCCAUCCUCAUAUCCCAUCAUUAUAUUUGGUCCUUUUGCUUCACCCACGGAAGUUUUGAUAUCUCUAUCAAAAGCCAUUGGAACUGUGUUUAUGCCUCCAAAAUGGUCAUUAGGCUAUCAACAAUGCCGUUGGAGCUAUUUAUCUGAUCAGAGAGUUCUGGAGGUUGCAAGAACAUUCAGGAAAAAGCGCAUACCUUGUGAUGUGAUAUGGAUGGAUAUUGAUUACAUGGAUGGUUUUCGUUGUUUUACCUUUGACAAGGAGCGUUUUCGAGAUCCCAAGUCUUUAGUAAAAGACCUCCAUUAUAGUGGUUUUAAAGCUAUUUGGAUGCUCGAUCCUGGGAUCAAGCAGGAAGAGGGUUAUUUUGCAUAUGAUAGUGGUUCUAAAAAUGAUGUUUGGGUCAAAAAGGAAGAUGGAACACCUUUUGUUGGGAACGUGUGGCCUGGGCCUUGUGUCUUCCCUGACUAUACACAGUCAAAAGUUCGUGCAUGGUGGGCUAAUUUAGUUAAAGACUUCAUUUCCAACGGUGUUGAUGGCAUAUGGAAUGAUAUGAAUGAGCCAGCUAUCUUCAAGGUUUUAACAAAAACAAUGCCUGAGAGCAAUGUUCAUAAAGGAGAUAGUGAAAUUGGAGGUUGUCAGAAUCAUUCUUUCUAUCAUAAUGUGUAUGGUCUACUGAUGGCAAGAUCAACCUAUGAAGGCAUGAAACUAGCUAAUGAAAAGAAGCGUCCUUUUGUUCUCACCAGAGCUGGAUUUGUUGGCAGCCAAAGAUAUGCAGCAACAUGGACCGGAGAUAAUCUUUCAACCUGGGAGCAUUUUCAUAUGAGUAUCUCCAUGGUACUUCAGCUGGGACUCAGUGGCCAGCCAAUUUCGGGUCCUGAUAUUGGUGGAUUUGCAGGAAAUGCAUCGCCUAGACUUUUUGGAAGGUGGGUGGGUGUAGGUUCCUUGUUUCCCUUUUGCCGAGCGCACUCUGAAGCUGGCACUACUGACCAUGAACCCUGGUCUUUUGGGCAAGAGUGUGAAGAAGUCUGCCGACAGGCAUUGAAGAGGCGCUACCGCCUUAUCCCACUCAUCUACACACUUUUUUAUUUUGCUCAUACAAGGGGUACUCCAGUGGCAACUCCUACUUUCUUUGCUGAUCCAAAAGAUCCUAACCUGAGGAAACUUGAAAAUUCAUUUUUGCUUGGUCCAGUUUUAGUGUAUGCAAGCACCCUACGCAGUCAGGGGUUGGAUAAAUUGGAGUUUACUUUUCCUAAGGGCAUAUGGUUGAGUUUUGAUUUUGGUGAUGCGCAUCCGGAUUUGCCAGCUUUAUUCUUAAAAGGUGGCUCAAUUAUUCCUGUGGGCCUCCCUCUUCAGCAUGUUGGGGAAUCUAAUCCAUCAGAUGACUUGACUCUUCUUGUGGCUUUAGAUGAAAAUGGGAAAGCUGAAGGUGUUCUAUUUGAGGAUGAUGGCGAUGGAUAUGAUUUCACUAAAGGCAAUUAUAUAUUGACACAUUAUGUUGCUGAACUUGAAUCAUCAGUUGUUACUGUGAGUGUACACAAAACUGAAGGAUUAUGGGAAAGACCUAAACGCCGCCUUCAUAUUCAAUUAUUGCUAGGUGGGGGUGCAAUGCUUGAUACAUGGGGAAUGGAUGGAGAACUUCUGCAAGUAAUUUUGCCUCCAGAAGAGGAGGUGUCUAAGCUGGUAGCUACUAGUGAGAAGCAAUACAAGGAACGUUUGGAAAAGGCAAUUCAAAUUCCUGAUGUAGAAGAGGAUUCUAGUUGCAAGGGAAAAGUGCUUUCAGGAACUCCCAUUGAACUGAAAAGCAGUGAGUGGGUUCUUCAAAUUGUUCCCUGGAUUGGAGGUAGAAUCAUCUCCAUGAUGCACAUUCCUUCAGAAACACAAUGGCUCCAUAGCAGGAUUGAGAUAAAUGGUUAUGAGGAGUAUAGUGGUACAGAGUAUCGUUCUGCUGGGUGUUCUGAGGAAUACUCUGUCAUUGAUUUAGAACUUGAGCAUGCAGGGGAGAUGGGAUCUGUGGUAUUAGAGGGUGAUAUUGGUGGAGGAUUGGUUCUUCAACGGCAUAUCUAUUUUCCAAAGAGUGCCGCCAAUGUUAUCCAGAUAGACUCUGGCAUAAUAGCUCGUAGUGUCGGAGCUGGUUCUGGAGGGUUCUCAAGGUUGGUCUGCUUAAGAGUUCACCCAACAUUCCAUCUUUUGCACCCCUCAGAAUCUCUCGUCUCAUUUACCUCGGUUGAUGGAACGAUGCAUGAAGUCCUUCCUGAUAGUGGGGAGCAAUUCUUCGAAGGAAAGCUUAUUCCUAAUGGUGAGUGGAGGCUCGUUGAUAAAUGUCUUGGCUUGGCACUGGUUAAUCGAUUUAAUGUUACUGAGGUAUUCAAGUGUCUUGUUCACUGGGAUUGUGGCACUGUCAACCUGGAGCUUUGGUCCGACAGCAGGCCUGUUUCAAAGCAAUCCCCUCUCACAGUUUCCCAUCAGUACGAGGUUAUAAGAAUUCCGUAAUUAUUCAACUGGUCAUUACGCAAGGUGUCGAAAUGUUUGAAACAGCGGAUCUGUGCUAUAAAACAUGCAUAUAAAACCAUGUUUACAAAUCUAAGUGCUGUUUUCUUCUUCCUUUUCACUUAAAUGCAUGUUUGGUUGGACUUUUAACCUUUAAAAUGUAAUGAAUUAUAGAGGAGGAAUGAUAAUGAACAACAGUAUAUCUGAAAGCCAGUAGAGUCAUAUUGUAUUUGUACUUUUAACA